CAGGAUAAAAUAUAUAUUGUUAGGUGUGAGAUGUGUGGUAAAGGAUAUAUCAAGUAUAACAGGAUGAUAAACUGUAUUAACAAUCAUCAAGGGAUUUACAAAUACAGGUGUCCUGAGUGCGAAUACAAAACUAACAAACUUCUGCAGUUUAAAGAGCACGUUAACUCACAUACAGGAGAGAAGGCAUUUUUUUGCCCCGUUUGUCAUCAUCAAAGCAACGGAACUAAAAACUUAGGUUGUCAUACAAAGCAGGUACAUAAGCUGACCCUUUGCCAGGCAGAGAUUAUGUACAAGACCAGCAGGCUCGGUACACCGAUGACAGAAGAUCAAAUAGGAACAAUUUCAUUUUUCAUAUUUUUAUUUGCGUCAUAAAUGUCACUUGUAAAU